AUCCGCCCGUGCGUGGCCAUGGCAGAUGAUCCUACCGAGAAUGCAGUCUUUCCAUCUUUUCUUGAUGUGGCUGAUUCCUUUGUUGGGUCUGGAUUUGGCCAAUUGGCAGCCGAUGAUGGCAAGUGGAAGUGCGACACAUGCGCCUUGAGAUGGGAAAAGAGUGUCAUUCAAUGCCAGGCUUGCGAAAGUUAUCAGCCCGGUCUUUCCGAAGAGGACAUUGCAAAGAUGGAAGCAGAGAAAGAAGCACAGCACUCGGAGACCGUUGCGAAAUUCCAGACAGCUUCAAGCGUAAAGCCAACAGGCUUCAGUGUACCAAGCACUGGCACAGCUGUGAGCUUCGGAACUUCUGCAGCUGCAGCUCCAGUGGUUUUUGGCUUCUCCAGCAGUCAGAGCUCUAGCUUUGGGUUUGGCAAUGCAGGCUUCUCAACAGGCACAAGCUUUGGCUUCGGGAGUGGCAGUGUAGAUGUUGGAAGUGUGUCGUUUGGGUUUGGAGGUUCGACUUCGAGUUCAGCACCAGCCACAACAGCUAGCUUUGGCUUCACCACCUUUGGUACUGUCCCUCCAGAAGGCAAGAAACUCGCAGAGCUUCCAGACUUUUCACGCAAUGGUGAAGUACCAGUGGGUGAUGUAUUUGUGCAUGGAAGUGGUGAAUGCGAUCAACUUGGCCUUGGAGACGACACGCGUGAACGCCGAAAGCCGACUCUGUUGAAAGCAUUGGUUGGCAAACAGAUCUGUGAGAUUGCAGUGGGUGCCAUGCAUGUCCUUUGUGUCUCUGCAGGUGGCGGUUUGUACAGCUGGGGUUGCAACGACGAUGGGGCUUUGGGCAGGGUAUCUUCUGAUGGUUCAGAUGGAGGACCUUCAGAUGUAGAGCCCCACAAGGUUGACAUGCACAACAGUGUUGUGGUUCGUAAGGUCUCUUGCGGCGAUUGUCACAGCUGCGCCUUAGAUGAUCGUGGUCGUGUGUGGCUGUGGGGCACAUACAAGGAUUCCAACGGCUACAUUGGCAUUGUGCACAAAAGAAAGCAGGAAGCAGAAGUUUUAGAGAAAAGUGCUGAGCCCACUUUGGUGCUUGAAGGAUGCUCUGUCAUUGCGAGUGGUGCGAAUCACACUGUUGCACUGGUGGAAACACCUGCCGGAAAAAAGGCAGUAGCAUGGGGUUCCAAUGCCACGGGGCAGCUCGGGUUGCCUGACAAUGUGGGCUGUGGAUAUGCUGAAAAGAUACUUUCUGGCAAGGUGGAAGGGCUGGUUGCCUGCAGUGCUGGUGGUUGCGAAGUUUCUGGGGAAUCAGUGGCACGACUGAAAGAUGCCAAUGGCACCGAAAGAAAUGCCGACAAAAUGACACUUCCGGAACUUCAGCAAGCACUUGCUCAAGGAGCAUCUUUGAUUGUGCAAGCCCCUGACAGGGAGGUUCCAAAAGCGGAGAAGAAGAAGCUGCUGCAUCCCCAGGAUGUGUGCUUAAGCGCAGCAGGUGUGGAAGCUUCCAAUGUUGAAAACAUUUUUGCAAGCGCCGAGUGCACCUUCGUCACAGUGAAUGAUGGCAGAGUUUUGGGAUGCGGUCUCAAUGGUGAUGGGCAAGUUGGGCUUGGCUUUGCCAGCAUGGCUGUGCAAACGCUCAGACCCGUGCGCCGACUGAAGGAAGCAUCCUGGCUGGGUGGUGGUUUGCAUAGUACUUCAGCUCUUGCAAAUGGUCGUGUUUUCACCUGGGGCAAGGCAGAGGAGUGCGGUCUCGGCCUUGGGGAGAAGGAUCCUCCAGUGCUUGAACCUCGAGAAGUGACAGGGCUGCCCAGCAUUCGGUCUUUGCGUUGCGGCGGGCAUCAUAUGAUGGCAACUUCUGAAGAUGGAGAUGUCUUCGUUUGGGGUUGUGGCUUGACCCAUCAGCUAGGCAAUCGACCUCGAGAUGUUCAAAAUCCCCAUGAUAUUGAGGAAGAUCCUGAAGAUGAACUGAGACCAUACCGAGUAUCAUCCAAACAGCUUGAGAAGCGUUUUGUGAUGCUUGCAGAUGGUGGUGCUCAGCACACUGUAGAGCUUGCGUGGGACACAUCCUACAGCAAACUGCAGGCAGAUGACACCGGUUCAUCCUCACUUCAGCCCGCAGACCUUUCUUCACUUCCUGCUGAUGUUCCUCAAAGGGAAAGCGAUGAGAACGUGGAAUCGGUGGAACCCCCGGCCAAGCGCAGAUUGACGGAAGCUGUAGCAGACACUGACGAGGUCAUGGCGCAACCAGACUUUACUUUUGGAUUCGGCCAGUUGGCCGAUGAUGGCAAGUGGAAGUGCGACACAUGCGCCUUGAGAUGGGAAAAGAGUGUCAUUCAAUGCCAGGCUUGCGAAAGUUAUCAGCCCGGUCUUUCCGAAGAGGACAUUGCAAAGAUGGAAGCAGAGAAAGAAGCACAGCACUCGGAGACCGUUGCGAAAUUCCAGACAGCUUCAAGCGUAAAGCCAACAGGCUUCAGUGUACCAAGCACUGGCACAGCUGUGAGCUUCGGAACUUCUGCAGCUGCAGCUCCAGUGGUUUUUGGCUUCUCCAGCAGUCAGAGCUCUAGCUUUGGGUUCGGCAAUGCAGGCUUCUCAACAGGCACAAGCUUUGGCUUCGGGAGUGGCAGUGUAGAUGUUGGAAGUGUGUCGUUUGGGUUUGGAGGUUCGACUUCGAGUUCAGCACCAGCCACAACAGCUAGCUUUGGCUUCACCACCUUUGGUACUGUCCCUCCAGAAGGCAAGAAACUCGCAGAGCUUCCAGACUUUUCACGCAAUGGUGAAGUACCAGUGGGUGAUGUAUUUGUGCAUGGAAGUGGUGAAUGCGAUCAACUUGGCCUUGGAGACGACACGCGUGAACGCCGAAAGCCGACUCUGUUGAAAGCAUUGGUUGGCAAACAGAUCUGUGAGAUUGCAGUGGGUGCCAUGCAUGUCCUUUGUGUCUCUGCAGGUGGCGGUUUGUACAGCUGGGGUUGCAACGACGAUGGGGCUUUGGGCAGGGUAUCUUCUGAUGGUUCAGAUGGAGGACCUUCAGAUGUAGAGCCCCACAAGGUUGACAUGCACAACAGUGUUGUGGUUCGUAAGGUCUCUUGCGGCGAUUGUCACAGCUGCGCCUUAGAUGAUCGUGGUCGUGUGUGGCUGUGGGGCACAUACAAGGAUUCCAACGGCUACAUUGGCAUUGUGCACAAAAGAAAGCAGGAAGCAGAAGUUUUAGAGAAAAGUGCUGAGCCCACUUUGGUGCUUGAAGGAUGCUCUGUCAUUGCGAGUGGUGCGAAUCACACUGUUGCACUGGUGGAAACACCUGCCGGAAAAAAGGCAGUAGCAUGGGGUUCCAAUGCCACGGGGCAGCUCGGGUUGCCUGACAAUGUGGGCUGUGGAUAUGCUGAAAAGAUACUUUCUGGCAAGGUGGAAGGGCUGGUUGCCUGCAGUGCUGGUGGUUGCGAAGUUUCUGGGGAAUCAGUGGCACGACUGAAAGAUGCCAAUGGCACCGAAAGAAAUGCCGACAAAAUGACACUUCCGGAACUUCAGCAAGCACUUGCUCAAGGAGCAUCUUUGAUUGUGCAAGCCCCUGACAGGGAGGUUCCAAAAGCGGAGAAGAAGAAGCUGCUGCAUCCCCAGGAUGUGUGCUUAAGCGCAGCAGGUGUGGAAGCUUCCAAUGUUGAAAACAUUUUUGCAAGCGCCGAGUGCACCUUCGUCACAGUGAAUGAUGGCAGAGUUUUGGGAUGCGGUCUCAAUGGUGAUGGGCAAGUUGGGCUUGGCUUUGCCAGCAUGGCUGUGCAAACGCUCAGACCCGUGCGCCGACUGAAGGAAGCAUCCUGGCUGGGUGGUGGUUUGCAUAGUACUUCAGCUCUUGCAAAUGGUCGUGUUUUCACCUGGGGCAAGGCAGAGGAGUGCGGUCUCGGCCUUGGGGAGAAGGAUCCUCCAGUGCUUGAACCUCGAGAAGUGACAGGGCUGCCCAGCAUUCGGUCUUUGCGUUGCGGCGGGCAUCAUAUGAUGGCAACUUCUGAAGAUGGAGAUGUCUUCGUUUGGGGUUGUGGCUUGACCCAUCAGCUAGGCAAUCGACCUCGAGAUGUUCAAAAUCCCCAUGAUAUUGAGGAAGAUCCUGAAGAUGAACUGAGACCAUACCGAGUAUCAUCCAAACAGCUUGAGAAGCGUUUUGUGAUGCUUGCAGAUGGUGGUGCUCAGCACACUGUAGAGCUUGCGUGGGACACAUCCUACAGCAAACUGCAGGCAGAUGACACCGGUUCAUCCUCACUUCAGCGCGCAGACCUUUCUUCACUUCCUGCUGAUGUUCCUCAAAGGGAAAGCGAUGAGAACGUGGAAUCGGUGGAACCCCCGGCCAAGCGCAGAUUGACGGAAGCUGUAGCAGACGCUGACGAGGUCAUGGCGCAACCAGACUUUACUUUUGGAUUCGGCCAGUUGGCCGAUGAUGGCAAGUGGAAGUGCGACACAUGCGCCUUGAGAUGGGAAAAGAGUGUCAUUCAAUGCCAGGCUUGCGAAAGUUAUCAGCCCGGUCUUUCCGAAGAGGACAUUGCAAAGAUGGAAGCAGAGAAAGAAGCACAGCACUCGGAGACCGUUGCGAAAUUCCAGACAGCUUCAAGCGUAAAGCCAACAGGCUUCAGUGUACCAAGCACUGGCACAGCUGUGAGCUUCGGAACUUCUGCAGCUGCAGCUCCAGUGGUUUUUGGCUUCUCCAGCAGUCAGAGCUCUAGCUUUGGGUUCGGCAAUGCAGGCUUCUCAACAGGCACAAGCUUUGGCUUCGGGAGUGGCAGUGUAGAUGUUGGAAGUGUGUCGUUUGGGUUUGGAGGUUCGACUUCGAGUUCAGCACCAGCCACAACAGCUAGCUUUGGCUUCACCACCUUUGGUACUGUCCCUCCAGAAGGCAAGAAACUCGCAGAGCUUCCAGACUUUUCACGCAAUGGUGAAGUACCAGUGGGUGAUGUAUUUGUGCAUGGAAGUGGUGAAUGCGAUCAACUUGGCCUUGGAGACGACACGCGUGAACGCCGAAAGCCGACUCUGUUGAAAGCAUUGGUUGGCAAACAGAUCUGUGAGAUUGCAGUAGGUGCCAUGCAUGUCCUUUGUGUCUCUGCAGGUGGCGGUUUGUACAGCUGGGGUUGCAACGACGAUGGGGCUUUGGGCAGGGUAUCUUCUGAUGGUUCAGAUGGAGGACCUUCAGAUGUAGAGCCCCACAAGGUUGACAUGCACAACAGUGUUGUGGUUCGUAAGGUCUCUUGCGGCGAUUGUCACAGCUGCGCCUUAGAUGAUCGUGGUCGUGUGUGGCUGUGGGGCACAUACAAGGAUUCCAACGGCUACAUUGGCAUUGUGCACAAAAGAAAGCAGGAAGCAGAAGUUUUAGAGAAAAGUGCUGAGCCCACUUUGGUGCUUGAAGGAUGCUCUGUCAUUGCGAGUGGUGCGAAUCACACUGUUGCACUGGUGGAAACACCUGCCGGAAAAAAGGCAGUAGCAUGGGGUUCCAAUGCCACGGGGCAGCUCGGGUUGCCUGACAAUGUGGGCUGUGGAUAUGCUGAAAAGAUACUUUCUGGCAAGGUGGAAGGGCUGGUUGCCUGCAGUGCUGGUGGUUGCGAAGUUUCUGGGGAAUCAGUGGCACGACUGAAAGAUGCCAAUGGCACCGAAAGAAAUGCCGACAAAAUGACACUUCCGGAACUUCAGCAAGCACUUGCUCAAGGAGCAUCUUUGAUUGUGCAAGCCCCUGACAGGGAGGUUCCAAAAGCGGAGAAGAAGAAGCUGCUGCAUCCCCAGGAUGUGUGCUUAAGCGCAGCAGGUGUGGAAGCUUCCAAUGUUGAAAACAUUUUUGCAAGCGCCGAGUGCACCUUCGUCACAGUGAAUGAUGGCAGAGUUUUGGGAUGCGGUCUCAAUGGUGAUGGGCAAGUUGGGCUUGGCUUUGCCAGCAUGGCUGUGCAAACGCUCAGACCCGUGCGCCGACUGAAGGAAGCAUCCUGGCUGGGUGGUGGUUUGCAUAGUACUUCAGCUCUUGCAAAUGGUCGUGUUUUCACCUGGGGCAAGGCAGAGGAGUGCGGUCUCGGCCUUGGGGAGAAGGAUCCUCCAGUGCUUGAACCUCGAGAAGUGACAGGGCUGCCCAGCAUUCGGUCUUUGCGUUGCGGCGGGCAUCAUAUGAUGGCAACUUCUGAAGAUGGAGAUGUCUUCGUUUGGGGUUGUGGCUUGACCCAUCAGCUAGGCAAUCGACCUCGAGAUGUUCAAAAUCCCCAUGAUAUUGAGGAAGAUCCUGAAGAUGAACUGAGACCAUACCGAGUAUCAUCCAAACAGCUUGAGAAGCGUUUUGUGAUGCUUGCAGAUGGUGGUGCUCAGCACACUGUAGAGCUUGCGUGGGACACAUCCUACAGCAAACUGCAGGCAGAUGACACCGGUUCAUCCUCACUUCAGCGUGCAGACCUUUCUUCACUUACUGCUGAUGUUCCUCAAAGGGAAAGCGAUGAGAACGUGGAAUCGGUGGAACCCCCGGCCAAGCGCAGAUUGACGGAAGCUGCAGCUUUAGCCCGAGCAGAACAAGCAGAACGAGAGGCUGAGGUGGCCAAGAUGGAAGCAGAAGCCGCUGAAGAAGCUGCUCGUGACGUCUUGCGAUGCUUCUCUGGGCACUUGCUGAGUGAAGAUGGUCUUCUAUCGGGAGAGGUGGAUUCUUCUGCGGAUCAGCUUGCAGGUGAAGAAAUGGAGGUGCUUUGGUCCCAAAGCAGCCCAAGCAAGGCUUUGUCAAAACAUUCUGGGCAGCCAAUGAGGCCGCAAUUGUCCAAGGAGAUGGAACACUGGGCACCUCAGAUCUCCUGUCUACGCCGGGGCACAUUGGAGGCACUCCUUCUGGAUGCAGCAGGUCGAGAUGAAGGACUCUGCGAGGCGAUUGCUGCUGCACAGUGUGACUUGAAGGAUGCCACGCCACUAUGACCAAAAAGCCGCAGAAAAA